AUGGCUAAGAAGACAUUAUUGUCAUUUGACUUUUCAUUUUCUUUAUUUUUUCCUGUAAUAUCUGGUACAGAUGAAAUCAGACAGAUUAUACAGCAAGAAGCUGCUAACGCUGAGGAAGAACAAAACAUGGAGAAUGACAUACUGUCAGAAAGCUCCAGUGGGCAAGCAGUUAUCCCUAGACAUUCACAGGAAAGAGGACACAGACGUGGCAGUAGGGGAAGAAAUGCAAAUUUUUUCAGACAUAGAUAUUCAGAAGAUCAUCCUCUACUUCAUCUGGUGAGACAAGUCAACAGAAACAAUCGAACAAGGAGGAAUAGAAACCAGCAAGAAGGGAGACAGCUUCAACCAGAAAGAAACCAAUUUUUCUUCAGAAGAUUUCAUGGCCGUGGCCGUUCCCGAUCUCAUGACCGCCAUAUUAGAAGAUCUCAUGGCCUCUAUUCCAGAAGAUCACAUAGCCGAUUCAGGAGAGUUCCUAUUCACUCAGAUAGAUCUCAUGUCUACUCAGGUAGAACUGAUAACCAUACAAAUAGACCACACCAUGACCUUUCAGGAAGAGCAGACCAUGACCUCUCAGUUAGACCACACCAUGACCUCUCAGAUAGACCACACCAUGACCUCUUAGAUAGACCACACCAUGACCACUCAGUUAGACAACAUCAUGAACUCUCAGGUAGACCACAUCAUGACCUCUCAGAUAGACCACUUCAUGACCACUUAGUAGACCACACCGUGACAUCUCAGAUAGUCCACACUGUGACAUCUCAGAUAGUCCACAAUGUGGCCUCUCAGUUAGACCACACCAUGACCUCUCAGAUAGACCACAUCAUGAACUCUCAGGUAGACCACACCCUGACAUCUCAGAUAGUCCACACCAUGACAUCUCAGAUAGUCCACACCAUGACAUCUCAGAUAGUCCACACCAUGACAUCUCAGAUAGUCCACAAUGUGGCCUCUCAGUUAGACCACACCAUGACCUCUCAGAUAGACCACAUCAUGACCACUCAGUUAGACAACAUCAUGAACUCUCAGGUAGACCACAUCAUGACCUCUCAGAUAGACCACUUCAUGACCACUUAG